CGACCUCACAUUCAGAAUCCCCAAUCAUAUUUGACUCAAGCUUACCCUUCAAGUCAGCACCUUAUUUUCUUUCUCUUCCGUCUGUCCAAUCCACCUCGCACAUACUCCCCACACACACAACCACACGAUGAGCCUUCCAACCACCUACAAAGCGGCGGUGCUCCCCGCCCCCUACGCCCAACACACCAUCGAGGACCGCACCCUCCCCACCCUCGAGGCCAACCAGGUCGCCAUCAAGAUCACCGCCACGGCCGUCAACCCGGUCGACUGGAAGAUCCGCGACUACAACGUGUUUCUGAAGACCUACCCCGCCGUGCUGGGCUCCGACGCGGCCGGCGAGAUUGUCGCCAUUGGCCCGAGCGUCACCAGCCACGCCGUCGGCGACCGCGUCUUCUUCCAGGGCAUCAUCGGCCACUACCCGGCCUCGACUUUCCAGCAGUACUGCGUGAUGCCCGCCGAGCUGGUCGCCACGACCCCCGCCGGCAUUUCCGACGACCAGGCCGCCGGCAUCAGCCUGGCCUCCGUGGCCGUCGUCACGGGCUUCUACGACCAGACCGGCCACGGGAUCGCUCCGCCGCCGUGGACCGCCGAGGGCGGCGCUGAGGCCGGCAAGGGCAAGGCCAUCGCCAUUCUGGGUGGUGCGUCCAGCGUCGGCCAGUAUGCGAUCCAGUUCGCGCGCUUAUCCGGGUUUGAGCGCAUCAUCACCACCGCCAGCGCCGCCCACCAUGAGUUCCUGAAGGGGCUGGGCGCGCAUGUCGUGCUGGACCGGCAGAGCGCGACCGCGCCGGACUUCGUGGCUGCGGCGGGCGAGGGCGUGAAGUUGAGUUACGUGUAUGAUGCCAUCUCCGUCAAGGAGACGCAGAAGUUGGGGGUCGAGAUCGCCCAGGCCACGCAGGGGACCACGCAGGCCGUCGUGACUGUGCAGGCGGUCGACCAGGAGGCGGCGCAGCUGGGCCAGUCCCAGGAGCCUAAGGUCGCAGUGAAGCCGAUCCUGGGUCUCGGCAGCUCGCCUGCUCUGCGUCACUUGAGCGAGCCGAUGGUCAAGGCGCUUGGUGGUGAGGAGGGAUGGAUUGCAAAGGGCUUGUUCGUGCCCAACCGGGUGCGUCUGAUUCCGGGUGGUUUGGGUGCUGUUGAGAAGGCGUUGAAGACAAACAAGGAGGGUGUCUCGGGGGAGAAGGUUGUUUUCCGUCCUAAUGACGCCUAGGGAUUUUGUUCUUGUUUUUGUUGAAACAUAUAAACUACUAAUAAUUUCAUGAAAGUCCUC